GAAGCUGAACGAGGAAACCUCAGGCGUCGUAGACAGAUAAACAGCCGGGAGAGGUGUGAGCCCAGCGAGCACACAGCUGUCAGACACCCGAGAGAGCAGCUCCACAGGGCGGACCGGGUCCUCCACACAGCGAGGGUCGACAUGUCGGAGACGUACGACUUCCUGUUUAAGUUCCUGGUGAUUGGCAGUGCUGGGACUGGGAAAUCCUGCCUCCUGCACCAGUUCAUUGAGAGCAAGUUUAAACAGGACUCCAACCACACCAUCGGCGUGGAGUUUGGAUCCAGAGUGGUGAACGUGGCUGGAAAGACAGUUAAGCUGCAGAUAUGGGACACUGCUGGACAGGAACGAUUCCGUUCUGUAACUCGCAGCUACUAUAGAGGAGCAGCUGGAGCCCUCCUGGUCUAUGACAUUACCAGCCGGGAGACAUAUAAUGCCCUGACCAACUGGCUGACAGAUGCACGGACACUGGCGAGUCCCAACAUUGUUAUUAUCCUGUGCGGCAACAAGAAAGACCUGGACGCAGACAGGGAGGUGACCUUCUUAGAGGCCUCUCGCUUUGCUCAGGAGAACGAGCUGAUUUUUCUGGAGACCAGUGCUCUGACAGGGGAGAAUGUGGAGGAGGGUUUUCUGAAGUGCGCUCGCAUCAUCCUCAACAAGAUAGAAUCAGGUGAGUUAGACCCAGAGAGGAUGGGUUCAGGUAUCCAGUAUGGAGAUGCGUCGUUGAGGCAGCUGCGGCAGCCGAGAGGCACCCCCGCACAGAAUAAGCAGCAUUGUAAUUGCUAGGGAUCGUGACCCUACGCUCACCUACAGGCCGACGGAGACGGGGCACCCCCUACAGCUCCAGGUGUUUUUCGGUGUGUCGUCCCUCUCUCUGCGGACUCACACACCUUGGAUCACCUGGACAAAUGAUCGUGGAGAUCACUGCAACCCCUUGACCCCUGACCUCUGGUAAGAGUCACUACAUCUUACCUGAGGGGGUCAGCAUUGCCCCUGUGUCUGGACAGGGAAACCCCUCAUUAUGAACACACUGCUAUCGUAAAGACGGGGAAUCCUCCUCUUCUUCAACAAUUACUUUCUCAAGUCACUGACCAGACAUGGAUAAGUCGAGGGUUGUGUGUAUAGGCUGCCCUGCUGUUCUUCUCUCUGUGUUUAUUUUUUUCAUCCUGGUUUCAGUAACAAUCUCAUGCUUUCUGCAUUUGCACGUCAUUGUUUGUAAGUUAUUAUCUGUAAAUUGAGUUGCAUCUGUUCAUUAUUCAGACAGUCUGGUAGGACUCAUGAUUCGUUUGGUCGGCGCUUUUGACUUUAUUUUCGAUGAUAUGUUUUUAUUUGCCAUUAUGUUCACUGUACUUAUAAGUUCAGAGUUGUAUUGAUGGUGACUGAGUUAUAAAGAGUCUAAACAUAGACAGAUUUUCAACGCGAAAUUUUCAUAUAGAAAUUUAAACCAGAUGUUAUUCAAAUAUUUACGAAGGUUUCCAAGGUUUUGGCUGUUAAUUUUUAUCUGAUCUUAAGACUGAGGCAGCUCAUCAGUUAUUUCUGAUUUUUAAAUUGACACUUAAAGUCCUAUUGUAGAACCCAGGUUAGUCACUCUGAUGUGUGUUUAAGUCUUUUUUUGGUUUGCCUUAAAAUGCAUAGUUUUAAUGUAGAGUAUUGGCCUUAGUAAUAUACUUAAUAUUGUGGAUCUACAGUAUAUUAUUCCCAGUCUCUAUGUCUCUAAUGUGUGAUAGGAACUGGUCCUGUCACAUCAUUCUACAUCCACAUAGAGAAGCUUGUGGUUCAGGUUGAAAGCACAAAAAAAGAGAACUAAUGCUCUUUAUUUUAUCCCAAAGUCUCAAAAAUCUAUAGAUAUGUCAUCAGAUUCACACCAUGUUCAAGUCUCUGUUCCGAUCACAGUGAAAGACAAACCAAGCGUCAUCAGUCUCUGCAAAACUAAAACUGAUUCUGACUCCUCCUGCUGCGAUUUUUCUCUCUCCAUGACCUCCCUUUGAUUCACACUGUUCUACAUGCACAUACUGCAUGAGGGACGUCACAGGAAACCACAGUUGGUUUUGCCUCAGUGCCAUGUUUGGGGAAACUUUUCAGCCGCCCACCCAGUUCCCUUACAGCAGCUCAACGCUGUUGAAUCAUGCAUGGCUGUAAGUGCGCCUUGAUAAAUGUCAGGAACCUGGAUUUAACCCGCUGAGUAGUUUUCACUUCUGAUUACUGAGCACGAAGCAGCUCUGCUGCACAAUGUUUGUUGAGCCAACCCAGAUGUUUUGUCCUGAGAGCCGGCCCUGCGUUGUCCCAAAGAGAACCUGGGAAAUUCCCCUCUCAAACACGGUUUCCUCUUUCUGUAUGACACUGACGCUUGUGGCGCUGCUGGGAAUAUGAGGUUGUGAGUUAAUAACCAAAACUGCACUGCUUCUGUCUGCACCACUGAGAGAACAGGUCACACUGACCCAGCCCAAAGGAUAUCAUAACAAAAACUGCCUGCAAACUUCAACCCACGCAUUGCCAAGCUUAGUCGCUGCUUUCUUACAGACAUGGUGCAGGUCCGUGCUGCAAGCCGGGUUUGGGCUGCAUGCAUCAUCAUCAGUCUUCAGCUUCGCAGCUGGUGGGGUGAAAGUGGAUUCCACGUCCACCUCCCCUCCAAUCAGAGCCGAGGCUAAUGGAGUCAUCCACCGAGUCGGAGCCAUCCCUCAUGAUCACACCAUGUCCGGACCUCCGGUCGGUUUCAUGCUCGGCAGGGUCAUGUAGCGAUGCCACGGCGUCCUGCUGGCUCCUGCAGGGAUGGUGUUUCCCUGGGUGCUCUCCCUGACUCCUGUGGAUGGAGGACGGCUGUCCCAUCAUAGGAUCCACCACUGACAAGCUAGCUUGGGGCACUAGCGGGUUUUUAUGGAAAGGCAUGCACAAUGCUCACAGGCGCCUUGAGAAGUUAGCGAUUCUCAGGCGUGGUCCAGCAUGAGGCAUGCUGAACACACAGAGUGGGUAUCUGCCCCCGAGAUCGUGUUACUGCAUGUUCACAACCUCUGCAGUUCCUUGCUCUUGUCCAUGGUGAGGGCAGGGUCCAUGAUUGUUAUCUCCUCUGUUAAAGUUGGAAGUGGUGAGUAGCUAGUAUGGUGGCUAGCUACUUAACUCAGGAAGCUAUGCAGCGUUCAGGUAGCGCUCAGCGACCGUGUGGUUAGCUCGCCCUAUGAACAGUUUGCUGGCCUGUUGGGAUCCACCUGCUGUCUGAGAGGAUGCUCCUAGAACCGGAAGUCUGAGGUGAUGACAUGACCACGGGUUUGUUGUAGAAGGAGGAAGUCCCUCUAGUGGCCGACGUCACAUCUGCCUGCCAGUCAGGACCGGCGUGGUUUAAAAUAGUUUCUGGGCGACAGCGCGGAGGCGGGUGUCCCAAGGCGAAAUACCGAAAUGAAUGUUGAAAGAAAACCAUAUGUGUUUAAGCUCCUGUGAGCCAGCACGCCGAGGAGCGACAUGAGAUAUUAUCGGAUAUCAAGAGACAGAUGGUCAGGGGGAAAAAAUCAUAAAAUAUUGGCAAUAGUGUGAUAGUUUGUCUCCUUCUGCAAGUGCACUUUUACUUUUGAAUUUUCAUAUUUUGUUUGUAUGCUGUAACUAUAGAAUUGUACAUUUUAUUUGACUUGAACUGUAAUAAACAUUUUAAUUGUAGAUGUUAAUCAUUUCUUACUAAAUAACAACUGAAAGUCUUAAUUCGAUUUAAUUGUUUUUGUCUACUGUCAUGAGGCGUGUUUGUUUUUCACUUCCUGCUGACAUGGAGGUAAAGAUGAUAGGAUGUUGACUUCCUGAGCUGCAGCAACAUCUCUGAUCACUCAGUCACGAGUCAGUUAUCAAAACAUCUGAGUGGUUAGACACUGUAGAACCAGAGGGAGCCUGCAUUCAUUUGUAUGUAUUCUUAGUACAGUCAGUAAGAGCUGAUCCAAAUAGCCAUAUGAUAAACUUCAUUUUCUCACCUCUUCAAUCGUGUGAUGAAUGCAAUCCAACGCAGUUGUUGCCUAGUAACUAAUGUUGUAUAAUCAACCUUAAUACUACUGUACAUCUCUACUAACCUGUGCUGUAAAUACAAUUUGUCUUGUGUGUGAGUGUUGCUCAUUGAUUAUGAUUAUGCAAUUCCCAGUAAACUGCUUGUUUUUCCAGUACCACCUGUCUUCUGCAUGUUAAUGUUAACUUCCUGUUAAAAUGCUCAGUUGUUUAAAGUUUAUUCCAAUCAUGAGUGUUUAUGAAUCUUAGGUUUCUAUUCCUGUUCAACGGCCGGAGACAUUGUGUUUUUUCAGGCCUUGUGGGAAUUUCUUCAAAUUUGGUACAAAAAUUAAUUUGGACAUGUAGGAUUUUGGAGGUCAAAGGUCACUGUGACCUCACACAAGCCUUUUCUCCAGAGAAUUCUUUCAAAUGAAAUUAAAAUGUUCACUUACAAUCUCGGAUGAGCUAAUAGCAUGUAGGUCGUCAAAGGUUAAAGUCGCCUCACAAUUGUUGUUUUUGGCCCCUUGAACAUGAUAUUUUAAUUUCUGUUUGACCAGUUGUCACUUAGACGAAAAGAUUAACUGAUUAUAUUUCAGUGGUGAAAGGUCACGGUGACUGGAAAAGUCUGAAAAAAAUGUGUGUAUACUGAAGCUACACUGUUUGGCUGAGGCACACCACCACAGGGCGGUAAUUCUAGUUUAGCAACAACUUGUCUUGCAUCAGGUUUAUGGCUCUGCUGAGUUAACAGACCUGUAAGUUUAACAAUUGAAUCUGUGUACAUGAUUCAUUCGGCUCAACCUCCAUUCUUCAGGCAAGUCAUUUGUUGUGGAAGGCAGUCGGGGCGAUGUUAGGAUAUCACAGGACUCGAGUGAUGAAGAGUAAAUGUCCUCUGUGUCCAAUUGUCUGGAUUUAUGUUUCUGGGUCGAUGCAGUAACAGCUAGAGUGGCUUAAUGUAGCUGAUGUGGAUAUAUUGACUGAUUUAUCGAUCCGAGACAAGCUGUCAGGAUGACCUCAUAACUACAUUGUAUUAUUUACUGUGGAAGAUGUUUGGCCACUAGAUGGUGCUAAGGUACUGAACAGGCAAGUCACCAGUUAGUGGCUUUCUAGACCUUCAGAGCCCAUUGGUUCAGCCAGUUGAUAACAUGUUUUGUUCAAAUCUAAUACAUACUUUAUUACUCAUCAAGCUAACAUAUGGUUAAAAAGGUACAUGUAUGAGAAUAAAUAGAACCUAAUUUUAUACAUCUUAUUUAUCAGAUAAUGUUGGACAGUGUCAGGAUCUAAUUUUGGGAAAAAUGUCCUUUUCAUAUUGAUUGAUCAGAAACAGUCAAUGCUCAUGUAUCACUUCAUCUGUUUAUUUACAUAUAAUGGGACAUAUUGAUGUGGGUAGUUGAAUUGGAGACAAUACAUACACACACACACGCACACAUUUUCCACCAAUAAACUCACAUGUGGAUGAGAAGGGAAGCAGAACAUGUUUCAGUAAUAAUGCCAGAUUUAACCAUACAAUAAACAAAUUGUUAAACAACAA